UUGGUAUCGUAGCUAGUGUUGUAUGAGUGUUAGAUUUACGUUUCAUAAAAGCCACAUGAAAAAAAUUCUAAGUUAGUUGAAUUAUUUUGAUUAUGUUUUUCAUAAGCCCAAAAAUAAGGAAUGGCAUUUGAAGACGACAUUGGUCCCCGUUGGGACAAAUGUGCAAUUGAUGGUGCAAAAAAUAUUGGAACUGGAGCACUUGUUGGAUUACUUCUUUCUACAGUCGUUUUCAAACGAAAGCGUUGGGCAUUCCUCCUCGGACUGGGGUUCGGAUUGGGGAUGGCUUACUCUACAUGCGAUUACGAACUCAACCAUCGAACAAAACUUCCAGUGUGUCGUAAGAAGCCGAAGACGUCGAGGAACGUAACAUUUGAGUUUUAAGUCUGUAUGAAAGAUUCCACAAUAAAAAUUUUUGUCCACAUUUACAACUUGGAAAACAUC